AUGGACGGGCCCAAGUUCACCUUGUAUUCGCUUCCGACGAGCCCUGCCUUGUGGGAUCGUGUGGGCGUCUUUUUCAUAUCCUAUUGUGCGGCAUGGUCCACCCUUGUGGUCGCCGGCAUGGCGUUUUGCUGGUUCAACCGGCACAGUCCUGUGCUGCGUCUGCGUGGCCUCCCGCUCUCCUUCACGGCCAUCAUCUUCCUGCACGCGUACUGGAUCUUGGCGCAGAUCACCUACCCCAUCGGACGCACGAUACCCGUCGUGCUCGCAUACGACAUCCAGUACUUCUUCAUGGGCAUCUGGUUUCCGCUAGGCAUCGCUCUAUUCCAUGCAAGCAACAGCCGUUUCUUGCACGUUGCUAAGCUGCAGCGGCAAUUUACCCUUUCUGGUGCGCCGAGGCCCGGCGUGGCGGCAUGUGAUGGCACCGGGCGGUCGUGGCUCUGUCGGUUGGGCUGCGUGACAUACACGAAGCGCGUCAUGAUAUUUGUCGGCGAUGGCAUGGCGCUUCAGGUCCUGCUCACUGUUGGCAUGUGCCUUGCGUGUCGCAAAUACCACCCGACUUUUGGCAUCCCCGGCACCGAGCUUCGCGGCACGACGAUACCGGAGCAGCUGGCGGAUCUCGGUCGGGGGUGGGAGUGGUGGCCGUCGGUGCUGUGGCAAGUCGUCUGGACUUGGAUUGUCGCCCCCGUUCUCCUCUGGAAAGCCUGGCCUAUCCGUGAUACCUUGGGAUGGCGAACACAGACCAUCGGCUGCUGCCUCUCCGGCCUGCACGCAACACCCAUGUUUCUCGUUGCCUCGUAUGUCCCUGCCUUUGAGAGGGUCAACGCGUACUUUACCCCAAGUCAAUGGAUCCACCUGUCCAUCAUGAUGCUGGAAAUCUUUACCAUUUUUGUUCCCGCCUUCGAGGUCGUGCGUCUCUGGACCCUAAACAACAAGGCGGCGGCGACCAACGCUCGGUGGGAGUCCUCGUCGCAGACCAGCACGCUGCGGACGUCGACCUCGCUCGAGUGGCCAAAGACUUCGCCGUCCUCGACGACGCUUGCGGAGAGAGGUGUGGACGUCGACAUGGGUGACGAGUUGAUGAACGACCGGCUGCUGACCAUGACGGCCCUCGACCUCACCCUCGGCGACAACCCGGGCCCUCUGCAGAAAUUUUCCGCCCUAUGCGAUUUUUCCGGCGAGAACGUUGCGUUCCUGACGCGGACGGCAGAUUGGAAGAUGUCGUUUGCUUCCGCCCUCGACGGGCCGCAGCGGCUGGAGGCCUACAACAGGGCCCUCGACAUUUACGUCGACUUUGUGAGCCUGCAAGACGCCGAGUUCCCGCUGAACCUGUCGUCGCAGGACCUGAAGCGUCUUGAAAGCAUGUUCGAAAAGGCCGUCCGCUCCAUGAGAGGCCAGGCAACGGUCAACCCUGCAACGCCCUUUGAUCUCGACGAGCCCGCCCCUGACCGGCAGCCUCGGGGUAGCCAGCCAGGAUCGGAGUACGCAGGCGAGGUGCCGGUCGACUUCGGCAUCGGCGUCUUUGACCACGCGCAGAGCCACAUCAAGUACCUCGUGCUGACCAACACCUGGCCCAAGUUCGUCGCCGAGAUGCGGCAGCGGCGAAGGGUGUCGAGCGAGAUGGGCGGCAGUCUGGUGAAGGAGACGCCGCCGACGGAGCCGAGCGUCGCCAGUGGCUUCGGCAAGGCCAUCGGCCGUUUCUCGACUGCCGUUCAAUCCAUGGUUCCGAAACGUUGA